AACGGCCAUAGCCACUGGCCGAGCCCACAGCCCCGCCCCCGCAGAGAGCGAAGGAGACGCCUCAAGUCCUCAGUGCCGUUAGCACCGCGCGCCGCCGGCUCACGAGCACGCUCAGAGUCACGUGUCCCGGCGCCCUGCUGUGUAUUUCCGGGGAGGGAGGGGCCGAGGCUCCCUGAGGCCGGCAGGGGGCGCUGUAGUGGACGACACGGCGGCUGCGCCGGGCGUCGGGAAGCGGGCGGCUGGUGCUGAUCGCGGGCGGAGGGAGGCGGUAACAGCGCUGAGCGAUGGCCGGGGAGGACGGAGCCGCCGCCCCCGAGGCUGCGCAGCCCCCCGCGGACCCGAGCCCUGGCAGUGGCGGCGGCUACGACGGCAAAUGCGUCUUCUGCAGGAUCGGCCGCCGGGAGGAGCCGGGCACCGCGCUGCUGCCCUGCGAGUCUGAAGGCCUAGUCUGUUUUAGAGAUAUCAGACCUGGGGCCCCACACCAUUAUCUGGUCGUGCCAAUAGAGCAUAUGGGAAACUGCAAGACUCUAAAGAAAGAGCACAUACCACUAGUGGAGAAAAUGAUGGAAGCUGGAAAGAACAUCCUUCAGCAAAAUAAUUUUACUGACUUGAACGAUAUAAGGAUGGGAUUCCAUUGGCCUCCAUUCUGCUCAAUAUCCCACUUACAUCUUCAUGUCCUGGCCCCAGCCAGUCAGCUGGGAUUCUUGUCCAGGAUGAUAUACAGAAUCAAUUCCUAUUGGUUUAUCACGGCUGAACAGCUGAUUGAACGACUGCAGACUGAAAAUGCUGCCAGUUGAAAGCACCUUGCCUAGUUCUGGAUCACAAAUCAAUUUAGAUUUGUUCUUUGAACUCUGAUUAAGAUUAUACAGUUUGGUGCAACUAUUUGUGAGGUUUUUUUUAAAAAAAAAAGGAAAAGCUUGAGUUGAUUGCCUAUUCCUUCAGGGCAAGAAACUUUUGAUUGUCUACCUAAUUCUUAAUGUAUGUGUACUCAAGUUUUCUGAUAAUAGAUGCAAAAUAUUUGAAUGGAAAAUAGAGUAAUAUAUAAAACACUAGUUCUAGUAAAACACAGUAUAAACAGUAAUGGUUUGAAUGUAUUAAACUGGGAAAAUUUUCAACAGUAACUGUUAAUAGCAUGUACACUGUACCAAGUUGAAUGCUUAAAAGUGGAAUCUAGCUUUUUUAUUUAAAAAAAAAAAUGGGGAAUGCAAUAGUGUUUAAAACGUACAGGUUUCCUUUAUACUUGCAUGAGUCAUGCAGGUGAUGUCUAGUUCUUAGUAGGUACAGUGCUAAAGAUAGACACUACUGUUUUUUGGUGCUAAACCAUCACAUAUCUUGCAUGGUAAUGGUCUGUAGCAAGUGCUAAACAUAACAUAUUGAGCCCAGAAUAUGAUGAUGCUUUAGAACAUAGAAUUUAGUUUAAAUGUGUGUAGGAAUGUUUAUAUGAUGGACUUGGAAUAAGAUUGUUACUCGUCUUGAAUAUUAAUUCCCUAAAUAAUUUAAUUGUACAUUUAAAAAUCUUGUAAAGUGUUUGGAUGGAUUGAAUUAACACACUUCCCUCUGGGCAUCAAAUUUAAACUAGAACCUAGAUUAAGGACUUGUCUAUACAGUGCAUUAGUCAGCACUAGAAGAGCAGGGUGUAAAUUAUAGUGUGCAUUACUCUGUUGCAUACUAAGUAGCCUGUAUGGAUCCUGCUGGCAUGCACUAAAAGAUCCCUAGUGUGUGUGAAUGUAGUCCUGUUUCAAACAGUACUACAUUCACACACACUAGGGAAUUUUUAGUGCAUGCCUGUGAGGUUCACAUGGGCCAGUUAGUAUGCAAUAUGGUAGUGUGCACUAGAAUUUUACAUCCUUCUCGUGCAGGUGAACACACUAGGAAGACAAGCCCUAACAUAUGGUUCUAUUGAAUGUCACUUGGAUUUACUUAUGCCAUGGCUAAAUUUGACUCCUAAAUAUUAUAAGUCACGAGAUAAAUUGUUCACUGAUGGUGGGUUUUGUUGUUUUUGAGCUCACCACACAAAACGACCAUCUAAUCUGAUAGAUUUUGGCAUAUCUGGGACUCGGGCAAAGCCCAAAACUGAAAUACUCAUGUGAUGUGGUGUCAAGAGUUGCAUGAGGUGGUGUUCGCAGCGCCUGUCUGCACUGUCUGGCUCUAGCCAGUGCUGUCGGUCCCUCAUUUUUAUGAGCACCAAAUUAAUUCAGAUCAUUUGAAAAGAAGAUAAAAUUUCAGGACAAUAAUUUUAUCCCUUAUUUUUUUUUUUUUUUUGGUUUCUACCAAACCAUUUUGCAUUUACCUAAUUGAAACCAAUGCCCUUAGCAUCUACGUGUUAACAGCCAAGGUGGUGGUUAUCCAUUGCACCUGCAGGUUUCUCUGAGAAGUCUUGAAGUCCUUUCCACAGAUCCUGUUGCCUUAGUGAUGCAAUGUUUUGUAAUGUUUAUUUAUGUAACACCUUAUUUGUAUAUAGUACUUGAAGUAUUAAGAAUAUGCUGACCAAAGAACAAAAUUCCCUGCCAUAAAGAGCUUACUUCUGUCUGUCUUUUCCCUGAGACAUUGCACUUAGGCUGUGUCUGCAGUUGGAGCUGUGGGUGUGGUUCCCGGACAUACCUGUGCUAGUUUUGCUUAAGCUAGCAUGCUAAAAAUAGCAGUGUAAUUUAUGGUAGCGGGGCAGGCGUGAGCCGUCGCAUGGGCUAGCUGCCCUGAUUGUAUCCCACCCGGACCCAGUGGGUACCUACUCAAGGCGCUAGCCCAUGUUGCCACUUGCUGCUGCCUGUGCGACUCUGGCAACACUGCUAUUUUUAGCAUGCUAGAUUGAUCAAAGCUAGCACCGGUACAUUUACAUGAGCUGGGAAACACCUCUUCAGCUCCAAAUAUAGAUGUAGUGUUAGUAUCUUGAUUCUCUUGUUACAGGGGAUUGGCAUGUAACUUACAGUACUUUGGAGUCUGGUUUAUUUCAGAUUGGUGCUAGGAAGACUUUGACUCAUUCCUUGCAAUAAUUAGGGAAUCAACUCACACAUCCUAACUUGAUUAAAAUAUUAGGAUGCCAAUAUAUUAAUAUCUUUUUUUUUAAAACUGUGUUAAAAAUGCUGCUCAUGAAUAUUGUGGUAGUGAGUUAAUUUAUAUAACUAUACUUAACUGAUAUGCAUCAUUACAAGCUACUUUUAUGAGCCAGCCUUAAAAUAUUGUGGAAAAGCUUAAUAAAAACCAGAAAUAGUAGAUGUUAACCUGGGCUUCUUGGAAUAUUUUAUAAUUCUGUCAGAGGUGGAUGGUUGAAUUUAACUGUUUUAUUGUUAGGUGUCAUACCUUUGCAGAGCUGCUAAAAUGUGAAAAUGAAAAGUAUCUUAAUUCUGGUAUAGAAAAUGUAGAUAGGGUCACAUUCAGUGCUUAGAAUGAAACUCCAGUGGGACAGAUGGUGAUGGAAACUGUUAAUCGGAAACAGAAACUUUCACUUCUGGGUUGCUAGUUCCAAUUCAGUCUAGGCUGGUAAUGGCAAAACAACAAAACCACAUUGCCAUUUAAUGGCUGUUUAGUGUCUUAUAUAAACAAAAUUUAGUUUUAAUCAAGUUCAUAAGGGGGUGGGUAUUUACAUCACAAAGAACACCAUAAUUGGCAAUUACUCAGAUUUUGGUAGGUAAUAAGGUCAAAGACUGAAUGACCUUUUCACCAACUUAAGACUAAUCCUUUAUAGCUGAGUCAUAGUCAGGUUUGCAUGUGGCAGUAGACCCUACUGUUGCCCUGUUAGACAUGCACUUGCCCAUACUGUCAUUCUUCCCAGAGUAAAAUUAAAUUGGGAAUUUAGUGUACAGUGUAUGCCCAACUGUCUCUUUCCAGAGUAGAGUCUCAUUUUAAAAGUACAAUGUAUAAACAGGACAGCCUUACUCAGCUGCUGUGUAUAUUUAGAAUUGCCUAUUCAAUUUUAGUUAAUAAAUUUUUACCUCAUGAAAGAUCAACACCUCAUAUCAAGAGUUAGAUUUUAUUACAUCUUGAGCAUCAAUGGAAUUUUGUAAAUUCCAGCCAGUUAUGUGUGUGCAAACCUCACUGGACACAAUGGGGUUGUAAAGGUGUAAUGAGGGCAUAAUUUUGCCUGCAAAAACCUUUGUGAUGAUGUGCAAGAUUGAAAGAAGCCAACUUGAUUCUGAGAUUAGAUUGGUUACAGGGCUGGCUGAUAACAUUUAAUUGUAAAUGGAGCUACAGAAAUUGAGACAAACAGAACCUCACACUGCUUUUCUUAGGCCAUGUCUACACUAGCACUUACGUCAGCAAAAUUUUUAUCGCUCGGGGGGGGACACCCUGAGCAACAUGAGUUUUGCCGGCGUAAGCACUUGUGAGCACAACUCUGUGUUGGUGGGACAGCAUCUCCCGCCAACAUAGCUACCGCCAAUCAUUGAGCUGGUUUUAUGUUGACAGGAGAGCUCUCUCCUGUUGGCAUAAUGUGGUUACACGAGCGAUCUUAGUGGCACAGCUGUAUCAGUACAGCUCUGCUGCUGUAAGCUUGCCAGUGUAGACCUGGAGAAGUACUUCUCAGUGUAGAUUUUCACUUUGUUUUCUUUGGGGGCUGACGAAGUUCUUGGUGGACCUGUUGGGAGUAGUAAAUUUGCUUCUUGAAAGGGGCACUGUCCGUGUUAAUAACUUAAAUUAAA